AUGGAAACAAGAAAUCGCAAACAGCGCCGUGCGGCAGCUGGACCUUCCACUAAAACCUCCGAACCCGAAAUCGCCAUGGCCCAUCCUCCACGCAAUGAUACGACGAAAAACAAACCAACCGUCGAGCGCACACUAUAUGACAUCAUCGCCGAGCGACAAAGCGGCCUAAAUCAAAAAGAAGGAGCAAUCUCAGCCUCAGUAGAAGGACAGGGUAUACCGUCGCAGUCAGAUGGAACGCGAUUUGUGACAGUCGACGCGUCUGGGAAUUUGGUCGACACGGACGGCGACAUCAGCAGCCAUCUCUCCUCAAAUGGGCCGCAAAAGACCAAAAAGAAGCAACAGGCUACAGUUGGAAAGACAGUUAAACAAUCCGAGUCUGAAUCCGAACCCGACAAACCCCUCCCGCCAUUCCUCGAUACAAUCCUUCUUUCCAUGCCUCUCACAACACUCCACCUCACACUGAGCUACCUCGCCGCCCACCAAUACGCUGAAAAUACCGAUCUGCCCAAACUCUUCAAAGACUCUGUGAUGACUGCUUUCCCUCUUCUCACUUUAUUCGUUCAUCUGGCACAUGGCCAUAUCAUCUCUUUCAAAAAGGGCAGUUCGAAGCAUGCACCGAAAGAGCCUGAUCUGUCUUUGUUCCCAUUUACAAGUGACAAAUUGACGUUUUCAUUCCUACGACGGCUCGUUUUCCCGCCUGCGUUGCGGACUUGGGUUUUUCUUCCCGUUGCUGUGGUGCUGGGCGCGCAUCUGAUCGCGAUUACGAAUGGAGAGCCGUAUUAUGCGGUUAUGAAGAAGGCUCCAGCUGUUGGAACUAUCUGGAUUUGGUGUAUUUUGGAAUUGUCAUUUGGGGCGGCUGUACUUGGGGCUUUGGGUCCUUUGAUUUGGGGGGUUUGGUGGAUGGGGUAUGGUAUCUUUUGA